UUGCCCUAAAACUGCAGCUGCUUUACACACCAGAAGCAGCUCGGAGGCAGAGUGGAGUUCCGGUAUGUUCACGGAAAAGCCCUGACAAGUGUAGCUACUUCCGCCUUUAGCCGCCUCUCAACACACAGAGAAAUGACGGCAACCUUGCGCCCAUAUCUCAACGCAGUGCGUGCUACUCUGCAGGCUGCCCUCUGCCUGGAGAGUUUCUCCUCGCAGGUGGUGGAGAGACACAACAAACCAGAGGUGGAAGUACGGAGCAGUAAAGAGUUGCUCCUCCAGCCUGUGAUCAUCAGCCGUAACGACAAGGAGAAAGUUCUGAUCGAGGGCUCCAUCAACUCUGUCAGAGUCAGCAUCGCUGUCAAGCAGGCAGAUGAGAUUGAGAAGAUUCUGUGCCAUAAAUUCAUGCGUUUCAUGAUGAUGAGAGCAGAGAACUUCUUCAUCCUGAGGAGGAAACCGGUGGAGGGCUAUGACAUCAGUUUUCUCAUCACCAACUUCCACACAGAGCAGAUGUACAAACAUAAACUGGUGGACUUUGUCAUUCAUUUCAUGGAGGAAAUUGACAAGGAGAUCAGUGAAAUGAAGCUGUCUGUCAACGCCAGGGCUCGUAUUGUCGCUGAGGAAUUCCUCAAAAAUUUCUGAGAGAGAGAAAACCCGGGAAUACAUUCCUUUUGCAAUCUUGGCCGUCACUGUGGAGCGUCCACAUCACAGGGCAGAGAGGAGACAAAAUCUGAUCAGCCAAGAGAAGUUGAGAAACAUUAGACGUACAGUAAAGAUGUACAAGCCAAUGGGGUUUUGCCCUUUAACCUUAAAAUACCCCUUUGCUCAAAAAUAUUGAUGUUUGUACAUAAUGAAUAUUCACACCAGACAUUAAUAUCUGCCUUUAGAACUUGAGUCAGGGCAGGUCCUUAAAAA